CAGAACCAGUCGGACUCAAACAUCAGAACGAUUCGGCCGCGCGAUGGACAGUUAGUGAAGUCGGAAAUUAACGCGAAAGCAAAACACACAAAAAACGGUUUUUUUCCUAUUCUAUUUCUCUCAUACUUUAAACACUCACAUCCUCAACCGUACAUAUAAAUCCAAUAGGAUUUUUUUCUAUUAUACAACCUAUUAUUUUUUCCAAAUCCAUUUCGAAACGCAGCAGAAUCAAUCCUGCGUCCUCCUCUUCCGGCACAACACCAAAAAAUUAAAAACUUUUCCACCAGAGAGAAACUUAGAGAAAAUAAUCCAGUGAUUUUUGUAGUGCGCAACUUUUGGAUUACCAAAAUUUAUAUUUUUUUAUAUAUAAAUUCAAUAUAAUUGCAAACCUCGAAUACUUUGGAGAAAAUCUAUUUUCUCAAAAAACCAACCAAAUAAUAUAUAUAUAAAAAAAACCCUACGUACUUAAUCGAUUUAAUUAAUCCGUUGGAGAUUAGUUGUUUAAAAUCGAAUUUAUAUUCUAUCUGCACGUUCGAGGCGAAGCGAAAUCAUGGUUGAGAGAAUUCUAGAAGAAUCAGAGAGCAUCGAUACAGUAUCGAGUGGUGAUAGUGGACAUCCUCAUGAUGGGGGAGAGGGCAGCGGCGGUGAUAGUGGCGACCAAAUGGACGCCGAUAGCAGAGCCAGAGAGUUGGCCCGUCGCAAGGAAGAGGCCAAGAGACGUCGCCGCAAGAAGAAACGCACCGGAUCUUCCUUGGUCUCCUCUUGCUUCCAAGAGCUGUACAAAUUGACCGGUGAGAUACUGGGCGAAGGUGCUUACGCCAGCGUGCAGACCUGCGUCAACAUGUACACGGAUCAGGAAUUCGCUGUGAAAAUGAUUGAUAAGGUGCCGGGGCACGCGCGCGAUCGAGUCUUCCGUGAGGUGGAGACCUUUCAUCACUGUCAGGGACACCCGAACAUCAUCCAGCUCAGCGAGUUCUUCGAGGACGAGGACAAAUUCUAUCUAGUUUUUGAAAAAAUUAACGGUGGUCAAUUGCUGAGGAGGAUCCAGGAGCACAAGUGUUUCACUGAGGCGGCGGCAGCGGAGAUAGUGCGGGAGGUGGCGUCCGCACUGAGCUUCAUGCAUGCGAAGGGUAUAGCCCACAGGGAUCUGAAGCCGGAGAACAUCCUCUGCGUGCACAACGAUCGUCUGUGCCCGGUGAAGGUCUGCGAUUUGGACCUCGGCUCCGGAAUCCGUUUCCAGUCGAGCGUCUCGAGUCCACUCGCUACGCCGCAGCUGCUGACGCCGGUGGGAAGCGCCGAAUUCAUGGCCCCCGAAGUCGUGGAGGCCUUCAUCGGAGACGCGGACACCGCAGCGUACGACAAGCGGUGCGAUCUCUGGUCUCUGGGCGUCAUCAUGUACAUCCUUCUGUGCGGAUAUCCGCCGUUCUACGGGAAAUGCGGAGGCGACUGCGGCUGGGAACGCGGCGACAACUGCGCGAUGUGUCAGCAGCUGCUCUUCCAGAGCAUCCAGGACGGUCACUACGACUUCCCCGAAUCCGAGUGGAGCCACAUCUCCAAGGAGGCCAAGAACCUGAUCCAAUCUUUGCUAGUGAAGAGGGCCAGGUCUCGCCUGAGCGCCGCUGACGUCCUUCGUCAUCCCUGGUUGGAAUUCGCUGGAGACAUCGAUACUCUUCCAACAGCCGAGAUCAUCAAGAAGAACAACUCGGCGCGCGAACUGUCCCAGUUCGCCGAGAGCGCCAACAACGUUCACCGCGUCUACCAGCAGCACUUCAGCAUGCAGCUCAACUACUUGGAACGCCCAAACCUGUACCAGGCUCCGCCUCACGGCCUCAGCCCACCAUCCGAGAGCCUCCUUCUCCAACGACGACUCAAGUGCAGAUCCCUGGUACCGCCCACCUCCACCCCGACCAUCCAAAGUCCGACCGGCUGAAAACGAGCGAUUUACAUUUAACGCACGCAAAAUUACCAAAACCUUCGUCAAACUGAGUUAAAAAAAAGAUUACAAAAAAAAACCCGACCCCAAACAAAAAAAAAUAUUCAAAAACCUCAAAAAAAAAAAUUCAAAAUCCCAAAAAAAAAAAUAAUAUUGUACAUUCAGAAUAUUUCAUUAAUUUCCGUUUUUAAUCCGUUUUAAACUUAAGAGAUUUCAUUUCAGUUACCCCCUUUCUCCUUGCUAAAAAAAAAUUAAUAAUAAACCCACCCCUGACGCGAAACUACUAUUCGCACUUGGAUACGCUGUUUCUUCUCCGUUAAAAAAAAAUCUGUUUUUUUUGUAUUGUUCGUUGACUUCUUAAGUACUACUACCCAUUUUGUUACUGUUAAUAUGUACUAUUAUUAUUAUUAUUUUGUUUUUUUUUUAUUAUAUACGCGGCGCACGAAUUUACAUCAAGUCAAACUUGAAGUUGAUCCAACCACCACGAAGAAAAUUGUUAUAUAUAAA